AUGGCUGCAGUCAGUCCAGCUUUCGCUGCUGCCGACCCAUUGACCCCGGUAUUUGCCAAAAUGGGGGAAGCCAUUGAGGUUUAUGUCGAUGGUGGAGGAGAUGCAGCAGAUGAAAGGACUGCUGACCAAAUGAUGGCUGACCUGAUGGAGGACCUGAACAACUCCUCAUCAGGAACCACCGCAGUGAGGUCAGUGCGGGUGUUGGAAGGAAGUGCGCAAGCCCAACCUGAAGGUGGAGCCCAAGAGGUGGUCGUGGCUGGAGCUGGUGGCCCACAGCCAGGACUGGGGUGCAGCUGCAGUGGCAAGCUGCUCCGCCGGCUGCUCUGGUGGAUGCAGGAAGGCGACCUGAACAUCUUCCAGGGGGCCAACAACAAGCUGAACGAGCUGGAGGCAUGGAUCCAGGUGAAGGCCAACGAGGCGAUCAAAGAGCUCAAGGGGUUGGUGACGGAGGUCUAUCGGGUCCUCUUGCACUUCCUGCCGGCGGCUUGGAGCCAUUGGUGCUUCGACCUGAAGGUCUACCCCCUGCUCCACAAGGAGAUCCUGUGGUUUUGGGUCCUGCUGGACCGCAUGGAGGUGCUGAACAACAAGGGCAUCCUUCUGCACUGGUGCAACGUGCUGGACAUCAACCUGGCUCUGGUCAACUUCUUCGGCAUCCUUCUGAUCCUCAUGGGGUACAAGCCGUGUGACCAACAUGCUGCCAGUGGACCACAUGGCGAAGGCGCCCAACGAGCUCUGUCAUCAGGUGUAGUUCAGGGUUCAAAAACCCCUGUGGAUCCGGCUCUUGGCCAUUUGGUGACUCCUCCGGGUCUUCCUGGCCUUCCUGGUCCAGCUGUGCCUGCAUCGGUCACGCCUGCGCCUGUGGUGAGCGUUGGCGAGAACCUCAAUGAGAACCUGAGGAACUUGGAGCUGCCAAAGCUGUCCCCUGACAGCACUUCGGUGGACUUUGGUGACUGGCUUGCCAUUGUGGGUCCGUUUAUGUCGGAUCUGAGUGGAACGAGCAGUCAAUGGUGGGCUCUGGUGUUGGACGCUGCGGCCAAGACCUAUGCAGCGUGGGUGACAUCAACGCCACUCCAAAGGUUGCGCCUGAAGGUGGUGUCUCCGAAUGAAUUGGCGAAAUGGCCAAGGACUGAGCAGAGGGCUGUGACCAUGUUGUUGGCUGCUGUCCCGGACCCGAUUCGGCGCGAACUGAUCUCGUCCAGGAAGCUGCAAAGCGUGGAGAUCCUCUAUGCCCUUCUGUGUCGUUUUCAACCAGGUGGAGUUCAUGAAAAAACGAGCUUGCUGAAGGACCUCACGGAGAAUCGAUUGGGUGCCAAUGCGAACAUCCACGAGCUCUUGCAGACCUUGCGGGUGUGGCGACGGAAUUUGGGAAGAUCAGCUGAGCUGGGAAUUCAACUUCCGGAUCCACUCAUCUUGGUUGGAGUUCUUGGACGGUGGUCGGACCAUCUUGGACGCCUUGGAGGACCUCAGACGGUUUACCGAAUGUCGUCGCUUCGACAAGACUUGCAGUUGGACUUCAUCCCAACGAAUGUCAAGGUUGCUGACUUUGCGGAGGCGUUGCAGGCCGAAGCUGAGCAGUUGUCACGGAUGAGCGCUUCACCGACUUCUACCACGACUGCAUCACUUCAGGACACCAAAAGAAGGAGCAGAUCAAGGCUGCUGCUCUACGGUCUGAAGGGUCUCCUACCCUAUAGGUCAUGGAAAAGGUGCAUCAAAGGGAACUAUGACGUCUUCACCAACGACGCAUUUGCCGAGUUCUUCACAUGGGUCUACGGCGACUUCAUCGUCUUCUCAUGGCAGCUGGAAUCGGCCAAAGCCAUUGUCCUGCACCUCUUCUCUGGGGAUAAGGAAUCGAGCAGAAAGUGGUUGGAGUUGCAGAAGCUGGGCUACGAGGUGAUCACCUUGGAUGUGGCUGCAAACAGUAGAGCUGAAAACAGAUGGGCUCUCCCUGACCUGAAUGUGUUGGAAGCCGAAAAGGCUCAUGGAGAUACAGCACUGGUCCUGAAAAUGGCGGCCCUCUACGAAACGAUGGAGGAGAGUCAACCAGGUAUGGAUGAACUACAGGGGUUGCUCUGUGGGAAGAAUGAGAAGGGCAUUGAAAUCAUACGCCUUAUCGCCGUGAUUGUCGUCUCUGCAUGCAAGAAAUGGGUGCUGGAGAACCACAUCGACGUCGAGGAUGGGACUAUGGAACUGGCCGUCAAGCCAAAUAUGCGCUGCUUGCUACGGUGCCGAUUCCUGUCGUGGAUGGUCAACUACAUGCUGAAGGUGAUCAACCUCCUUGUGAUGUUCUUCCAGGUCCUGAAGUUCAACGUUCAGAAGAAGUUCAACGUGCUGGUCAAGUUCCACGUCCCGGUGGAGGUGACAGCCCUAAAGAAUGCCUUCCAGGUUCAGGUGCUCAUGGUGAAAAAGUUCAUGCAGGCCCUGUCGAACCUGUUCCGUCAAAAGGUGAUGGAUGUGAUGAUGAAAAAGAUGAUGGAAAACCAGGUGAUGCUCUUCCAGCUGACCCUCUUGCUCCGCUACCAGAAUUGGGGGGAGAUGUCCCAGACCCUGAACUACCUGAAGGAGAAGAUGGGGGAUUUAGUGAAGAUCAGAAAAAACUGGGGGAGAAGCUGA